GCGGCGCCAAUCGGCCGCUAUAUUGAUCAAGUUGGGAUUUUGCGAGGAGAGACGCGUUGAUAAGAUCUCACAAUAUUUUUCGAUCGCGCACGCAAUACCUAUCUCUACCUACAUCCGCGCGACGUGUGUGCGUGACAUUUGUCGCGCGCGGCAAGUGAGCUCGGCUCGCGCGUGACGUGUGAAUUUUUGGCCGCCGCGGAGCCCCCCGCGUCAGCGGCAGCGUCGUCGUCGGCGAAGUCGUAGUCACGUAAGCCCUCGCCCAUGACGUCACUCGCGAAUUACACAAGCGUCAUCGCUCAGUCUGUUGUGGAAAAUUUUGUCGCGGGGUCCAUGGUGGCGAGAUGCGUUGCUCCUUGAACGGACGGCCGGCAAGUCUCUCUCGAGUGAUUACGCGGCGACAAAACUCUACGCGAUCAAAUUGAAGUUUACAAAAGAGAUUCUUAUCGCGUUUUCAUAAUGUCUAUGCAACAGUACUGUUUGCGAUGGAACAAUCAUCAACCGAACUUCAUCUCGGUUUUCUCCAACUUAUUAAAUAAUGAGACUCUAGUGGAUGUUACUCUUGCUGCAGAAGGCAGACAAAUUCAGGCUCACAAAGUUGUACUGUCAGCAUGCAGUACAUAUUUUCAGUCGCUGUUUACAGUGAAUCCUUGUCAGCACCCUAUUGUUAUACUUAAGGACAUCAAGUUUUCGGACCUCAAGAUCAUGGUAGAUUUUAUGUACUAUGGAGAAGUAAACAUAUCUCAAGAUCAAUUACCGUCUAUCUUAAAGACGGCAGAAAGCUUAAAGAUAAAAGGACUUGCAGAAAUGCAUACAGCAUCAAUAACUAAAUGGCCAAGUGGAAGUAGCGAAACAGGUGGAGGGGAUCGUGGCGAAUCUUGCUCACCCAGUCCAUCUCCAUUAUCUCCUUCUUUUCGUAGAAAAAGAUUACGAAAGUCUUCUACUGGCUCAACGUCUGGUUCUGGCGACAGACCGGAAGAAAUCAAUGAAAUAACACUAGUGGCUACUAAUAUUGUAAAACCUGAACCCCUAAUUGCAUCGCAAGAAAGUGAAGAAAAUAUAAGGCGACCAGUAAAUACCAGCACAGAAUCUCAAGGCAGUAUUGAUGAAGAUCAAAUAUCAAUUAUGAGUAAUAUGGAAACUAGUUCCACCAAUAUACCAGCUCAGAGUGAUGGUUCCAUUCAAGAUGUAAAUCAACAAUCGACAGGAGGAAACAUUGGACAAAGUUCUGUCUCCUCACAACCACCUUCUCAUCAAGCUCUUCAUAGCAAGACACAAACAGUAACGAAAAGAACUCGGCUGCUGAUUAGACAACCGCGAGUGAAAAAGGAGCCGAGUCACUUGUCGCCGGAUGGCGAGGCGAGCUCCUCUCCUCACAUUGUCUCGACCUCCGGUCAUCUCGCAGCGUCGACACUGAAUCUACCCCAAGCGUCAAGGAGUUUCGAGGAAUCGCGGAUAUCGCCACCACCGCACACCAUGCUGGUCAAUCAGCUGGUCAGUCAGCAGAAUCCGUUAACGUCACCCAACUUGUUGACGGUACCCCAGCCGUCCUACUUGACCAAACAACAUUCACAUCCAUUGCUAUCCAGUCAGCAACCGAGCACAUCCGGGACUUACUGGAUACACCGACAGCACUCGCAUCCGGAAUUGCCUGGUAGGACCACGAGUCCGUCGAUAGUAAUCGAACCGGCACCUAUCCUUAAAACGGAGGAAGAGGGAUGCGAGGAAACCUCGACUCCGGUUACUCCUUCUGAGCUAGGAACUGGCGGCGGCGGUACUUCCACUGGAUUAAGAGUGAAGACGACGGAGUUGCGGCGAACUUCCUCAUCGCCGCAGACGAGCAGUAGCAGCAGAGAGUCUCGUGAGAAUAUGGGGGAUCAACGAUUAGGUCACUGUCCGGUAUUACGUCAGGGUCCUGCCUUAGGCUGCAAUCAUUGCUGGAAUACGAUAGACGAUCACGGCAGAAUACUCCGUAGAAAGACCAAGUAUCAUUGUCCCGAAUGUCAGAUUAAUUUAUGCAUCGUACCCUGCUUCCAAGAGUAUCACGAGCAGCGGCGCGAAUUAAUUUCCAAACUGAAACCCUUACCAAAAACUAGUUCCGUUUAAUUCUCUUUUCUAUUUAUUACGUACUACUAAAGUACAUAGAAUACAAUGUACCUUGUUUUAUAAGUAAUCGUUAUCAUCGGAUUAUGUGUUGAGCACGCGCUUUAAAUGUGUGCAAGUUUUUGACGUGACGAAGUAAUGAGUCUAUCAUUAAUGUGUAACAUGUGACGUUACCAGUUCAUCUAAACACGAUUGAUGUGAAUCAUGAAACUUGUAUCAACUAGUACAAAGACUUCUCAUGACUUCAUAUAUUUUCGUAAUACAUUUACAGCAUCUAUAUAAUUGUUAAAGUAGACGAAAUUAUCGCUACGAUACUAAAAUGAUGAGAUUGCAUGUUUAUAAUUGUGGACAUUGAACUUUUGUUUUUUUCUUAUUAUUAUGCCUUUUAGCAACGUCGUUAUUUUUAGCGCAAUUUUAUUUUAUAUGUAUAUAUUUAUAUUUUUAUUAAGCCCUUUCCUUAACCAAAAUUAAUAUCAGAAAGAAUUAUUUUUAAUAUAUACAUAAAAAAAAUCAUUUUUCAAACAAUUUGGUAUAAUUUAUGACAAAAAGAAAAUUAUAUCGAGAUUGGAUGUAAAACAAAACUCAUUAUUUUAGAGAGAAUAUAUAUAAAUAAUCUUUUCCAUACCAGUUCUCUCUCUUUCUCUUUUUUUAUUAUUAUUAGUUUUUUAUUAUAUAUACAUAUUUAACAACUUUAAAAAAUUUUUUUGUAUUAUAUUUCCAUUAUUAUAUGUAGCAAAUUGUGCUAGUGCGCAUUAGUGUACAUUAAAAGCUGUACAUACGUAUAAAAACUGACAAAAUGUAUGAUAUAUAAAAAUAUAUAUAAAUAGAACGGAUAAACAACGAACAAAUAUAGCAAACACAAAAUAAAAUUUAUUUAAAAUCUAUUUGAUAUACUGUUUUAUGUGUGUGUGUGUGAAUAAAUUAAUUAAACCCAUAGUAAACAUUACGUUCACAUUAUGUUCAUAAUUUCAUCAUUCAUCGUAAAAAUUACAAUAUUAGCAACCUUGCUAAUGCGCACUGAUGCAAUUGAUAAAUUUUCUUCCAUAUAAAGCAUUUUCUAAUAUAACUGGACAUAAUUUCAUCCAGUGCACAAAUAUAAUAAAGAGUUUAAUGAUAAUAUCUUUCAGUUUGCUAAUGAAAAAUUUUCGUUUAUUUCUCUAUCAAUUGUUUGUCCAAUCUUACAAAGAGAUUUUUUCAAGUUUGAAUAAAAACAUCUUAUUAUAUAUACAUCUAAAUCCAUAUACAUUUUGUUAAUUUUUUUCGAAAGAUUAUCAUCAGAAUGAUUAACAUUAAAUUUCGAAAGACGAAAACGACGGUGAUUCGGAAAAAUAAAAAGAGAAAAGAGAGAGUUAGAUAGUUUAUAUAAAUUAUAAUUUUUUUAUGUUUAAUUUUAAUAUUUUUAAUAUUCUCUCAAAUUAUUUUUUUAUAUAUUUGGAAACACACACUAUACAUCACACGAAUGUUUAAUUUUACAUGUAUUAUUCAUAUAUGAAUUAAUGUAUUUAAUAUUUUUAUAUUUGUUUAUUUUAUUUUUUUAUCACCCCAUCGUUCAAUCACGUUCUAUUGCAUGAUUUCGAAAUAGGAUUUUUUCAUAUAUUGUAUGUCUAUUUCUCUCUCUCUCUCUCUCUCUCUCUCUCUCUCUCUCUCUCUCUCUCUCGUUUACGAAAUCGAGAUAAUAAUUUUUCUCGACAGCGACAUGCAAACACUAAUUUUGGAGACCGUGAAUUGCGAGACAAAAUUGCACAAAAAUAGAGGAAGGACUGGCUGAAGCGCGCAUUGGCCGCUAAAACGAGAGCUUUAACACACGUGCAACGAUCGAAUUCGGGAUGUACUCUUAUAAAUCACUUCCUACCAUUCGCAGUUUCCCCCUAUUGUCACCUGUAACGACGCUCUGCCGUUAACGCGUUCGCGUAAAUUUGUCGCCGUUCGCUCCGCGAUCAAUCGAACGCUGGACGCGCACGUUACUUUGAAACAUUACUUUGAAGCGAAUUUUAUUUUUUUAACAAAAAAAAAAAAUAAUACAUGAACAAGAGUCUGGCUACAUAUAUGUCACUCCAAUUCUUUAUUUUACGCAGUAAAAUAUUUUCUGAAAUUUCCUGAAAUCAAAAUUGUGAUGUGGUUAUUAUAUUAUUAAAUAGUGACACACACACACAUGAUGUUAUUACAUGGAUUUAUAAAUAAAUGAGAUAAAAAGAUAAGAUAAUUGAGGUAAAUGAGAUUAAAAAAGAGUUCAGA